AUGACGGACGAAAGUACAACUCAGACGUUGCCCCAGAAGGACGACAAGAGGCAGCAGCCGUCCAAUGGCACCGCUUUGCCAGGAGGGAACAGGCAGCCCUCGAGGAGGGGUGGGCCUGCCGGCCGCUCUGCCUCCGUGAGCCAGGGUGCGGGGAAUCCGCGCCCCUCCUCGCGCUCCAGUAACCGCUCUACGAGCCGUCGGGGCCCAGGUAAUCAAGGUACGGAGUCUGGUUCGGAAUCUGCAAACACGAAGAAGGGAGAAGGACGCCAGCGCGGCAAGUCUCAGUCCGGCUCCCAGCGCGGCGGUCAUCGCAAGGGCGGUCAGUCGACCUCCCAGCCCAGCGGACGUCCCGCGAGCAGCAAUGGCGGGAACCGACAGCGCCAGCCAUCGGGCUCCCCCAACCCGCCCCCACCCACGGGCGAGAGCAGUGACGCACUGUCUUCGUUGCAACGCAUGAUCGCGGACUUGAAGACCACCUCGCCCCCGAACCCCCAGCAGCAGCAACCCCCUAUGCCCUCCGUGACCUCACUCGCUGCCAACUCGAACCUCCCCGCCAACGCCCCCGUCUUCCAGCCCGGAGCCGUCUCGUUCCCCGCUGGCAACACCAUGAAUGAGCCACCCCCGCGUCACCGUAAGGCCGCGUCGCUUGGCACGCAGGCCCUCGGACCCUCGUUGGGCUACUCGCCGAACUUGGGUGCCAUGAUGGAAGCUCCGGAAGACUCACCUAUCAUCGAAGAGGGAGAGAUUACGGACCCCUCCUGGCAGGCGCACCCGCGCCGUUCGCUCUCGCAGAACUUCACCGCACCUCGUUUCCAGGCUCUCGCCCAGCAGCAGCAACAGGAGCAGAGUGAUGUCAUGGGUCCCACUGGCCGCCCCCAGCUGGCCCCUGGCUUUAUGUUCGGUGCGCGCAGGCGCCCCCAGGGUAACCUUGCCAUGGGCCCACCCAUUAACGAGGACGAGUCGGACUUCCGCUUCCCUCAGCAAGUGCAGAACAAUGGUGUCUUCGAGGGUCACGAGAGCCAGAGGAAGCAGGAGGGUGGGGACAUCUCUGGAAUCAUGGCCGAGCAGAUCGCCAUCCAAAACCAGAUCGAGGCUCUUCAACAACAACAGCAGGCCCUUUACCAGCAUCAGCUCGCAUCGAACCAGGUCCUCUCUUUCCAGACCGCUGGCCUUGCCCCUGGACGCAAUGUGCACCGUCGCGUACACAGCACAGUUCCCAUGUCUAUGGGGGGUAUCAACGCUUUCGGUGGCCAGCAGAGCGCCAUGGGUCAGUUCGGCAGCAUGAGCAGUCUUGGGAUGGGUCUCGACGGGCAGCCGUCGUCUGUCCCUCGCGGACAUGGCAGGCGUCACAGUGUGAACGUUCUCAACAAGACUGGCGGGCAGCUUGGCGGCCUUGGUUUCUCUCAGAGCGCUGAUGGCUUCGAUGACGGCUUCAUGCCUCCUGCUAGCCUCGGCGGUGGAGGUCACUCUCGCUCAGAUUCAACCUGGCGUCUCAAUGGCGGUGUUGGAGCCCUUCCUGGUGGUGGCAACUUCGCGGCCGAUCUCGCACAGGCUCAAGCUCAGCUCCAGAGCCUGCAGCAAUUCCGCGCGGCGGCUGGCGGCCAUCAUCAGAAGAUGCAGUCCUUCAGUUUCCCGAACAUGCUGCCAAACAUGAUGGCCGCAAACAUGAUGGGCCUCGGGCUCGGUGGCAUCAAUCUUCUCCAACAGCAACAGCAACAGUUCCAGUCUCAGCUUCAGCAGCAGUCUAGCCAACCGCAGCGCAAGUCGCUGUUCGCUCCUUAUCUCCCCCAGGCUUCUCUCCCUCCGCUCCUCGCGGCUGGCAAGCUUGUUGUAGGUAUUCUACGAGUCAACAAACGUAAUCGGUCGGAUGCAUACGUUGCCACGGAAGUCCUGGACGCCGAUAUUUACAUCUGCGGCUCCAAGGACCGUAACCGUGCGCUCGAAGGAGACAUCGUCGCAGUUGAACUGCUCGACGUCGACGAGGUGUGGGGAACCAAGAAGGAGAAGGAGGAGAAGAAGCGCAAGAAGGAGGAGAACUCUGCAUACGACCUCAAGAACGCGGCUGGUCGCAAGAACGACAAGAAGAAGGAUGAUGUCGAGGUCGAGGGCCAGGGUUUGAUGCUUUUCGAGGAUGAGGAGGUGACCGACGAAGUGAAGCCUCAAUUCGCUGGCCAUGUCGUUGCGGUCGUCGAGCGCAUGCCCGGCCAGCUGUUCUCCGGAACGCUGGGUCUGCUCCGUCCGUCGUCCGCAGCCACGAAGGAGAAACAAGAGGCGGAGCGUCGUGAGAGGGAGGGUGAUAAGGGUGACGAGCCCCGUCGUCCCAUCGAGCGUCCCAAGAUCGUGUGGUUCAAGCCAACUGACAAGCGCGUUCCCCUCAUUGCUAUUCCCACCGAGCAGGCACCGUUGGACUUCGUCCAGAACUCCGAGGCGUAUGCCAACAAGCUAUUCGUCGCCUGUAUCAAGCGCCACCCUAUCUCCUCGCUGCAUCCCUUCGGUACCCUCGUCGAGGAGCUCGGUCCGAUUGGCGACAUCGAGGUUGAAACCUCUGCCCUGCUCAAGGACUGCAACUUCCCCACGGAGGAGUUCAGUGACAAUGUGAUGAAGUGCCUCCCUCCCACGCCCUGGACUGUCCCCGAGCGCGAGUUCGACAUCCGCAAGGACUUGCGUAGCGAGCGUGUGUUCACCAUCGACCCCCAUGAUGCGAAGGAUCUCGACGACGCCCUCUCCAUUAAGGUCAACGAGGACGGGACGUACGACGUCGGUGUCCACAUCGCGGACGUUUCGUACUUCGUCAAGCCGAACACUGCCCUCGAUCGUGAUGCUAGGAAGAGGGCGACGAGCGUGUACCUCGUGCAGCGUGCCGUCCCGAUGCUUCCGCCUACCCUCAGCGAGCAGGUGUGCAGUCUGUUGCCUGGCCAGGAGCGCCUCGCGUUCUCCGUCAUUUUCACGAUGUCGAAAGACGCCAAGAUCGUCAAGAAAUGGUUCGGCAGGACUAUUAUCAAGUCUGCGGCGAAGCUCUCUUACAGCGACGCUCAGGCGGUCAUUGACGGCAAGACUCUCGGCGAUCUCCCUGUCAUCCCUGAGCACGACGCUGCUGGGAUUGCUCACGACGUCAAGGUUCUCGAUGAUCUCGCCUCACAGCUCCGUGCCCGCCGCUUCCAGGCCGGCUGUGUCAAAACCCGCUCUCUUCGUUUGACCUUCUCGCUUGACGAGAGUGGCAUGCCCAUCGACUGCGGCGAGCACGGGAGGCUCGAGGCUCACAGCCUUGUUGAGGAGUUCAUGCUCAUGACGAACAUCACCGUUGCCCAGCAAGUCGCAGUCCACUUUUCGGAGCAGGCUAUGCUCCGUCGCCACGACACUCCCAUUGAGCGUCGCCUGAACGCUUUCGUCGAGCGCGCCGCUCGUCUCGGGUACACCGUUGACACGUCUUCUGUUGCGGCUCUCAUGAAGUCGCUCGAGGGUGUCGAGGACCCUACCGCCAAGACCAUUCUCGAGCUGUUGCUCCAAAAGGCAUCUCCCCGUGCGAAGUACUUCUGUGCAGGUAUGCUCGACAUCGCCAAAUACAGCCACUACGCUCUCAAUGUGCCGUUGUAUUCGCACUUCACGUCACCCAUCCGUCGCUACGCCGACAUCAUUGUUCACCGCCAGCUCGACGCAAUCCUCCAGGGUGGCUCCGAGCCCAAGUUCAGCAUGGACCGCGACGCCGUCGCUAAGAUCGCCCAGCAGUGCAACAUCAAGCGUGACUCUGCCAAGCUCGCUCAAGAGCAGUCGGCGCACUUGUACCUCUGUGUCUUGGUCUCGGACCUAACCCAGCGCUACGGCCCCGUUGUCCGUCAGGCGAAGGUCAUCGGUGUGCUCGACGCGGCAUUCGAUGUGCUCAUCCCUGAGUUUGGCAUCGAGAAGCGCGUCCACGUCGACCAGAUGCCCAUCGAAAACCAUGUCUACGACGAGCACAAGCACGCGCUCCAGAUCUACUGGUCCACUCGCGAUGUCAUCACCUGGCUCGCCGAGAACAGCGACGACGAGCACCUGAAGAAGGUCAAGCAGAAUGCCGAGCAGCAUGCGCUCAAGAUGGAGGUCGCCUCUCGCUCGGUUCAUGAUGAGAAAGCGCUCUUCGACGAGGACGACAACGAGGAGGAUGAGAUUGUGCUUGGGCGCACUAACCAGGAGCCCGACAAUGUGGGAUUGUCCAAGCAGCGUUCGCUUUCGAAGCAGAAGCUGCCGCCCCACUUCGAGGGCCUCAAGACGCUCCCGUCCGGCCACAAGAUCCAGGAGAUUCGCGAGCUCAUGACCGUUCCCGUCAUCGUCACCGCUGAUUUGACCAAGAGCCCUCCUGUCAUCAAGGUCUACAGCGUCAACCCGUACGCUCAAGAAGAGAGGCGGAUGAUGGCGUGA